AGAAUCAGAGCAGACCUAGUAAAUAAGCUAAGUGCAAUAAAUGUCAAGUAUAGAAACAUUGCAUUUACUUGAUGAAAAGGAAAAGGAAGUUGUUUUAGAAGGAGAGAAUACAUCUGAGAAACAAGAUGUCUCAUGCUGGGAGUCGAUACCAAGAUAAGCAGUACAGGCACCAUGAGAACCAUAGAUCUGACAGAUACAAGGAAGACAGAAGAGAAAGAAAACCAUACCCAUACAAUGCAAGAGCAACAGGAGACAUCCGAGGUGGCCAGCACUCAAGGACUUCUACUGUUUGCUCAGAUCCUUACUCUGAGACCUCUGGAGCAGCACAGGAGUAUUUUGUCCCAACACCAGAGUUUUAUCCUCCCAAGGAAAGCUUCUCAAUGAAGUGUUCAAAGGUAUGCACAACAAGAGGCAUUUUGAAGUUCGUGGAAAUCACGGUUAACCUCCUGGUGCUGAUUUGCGUGGGCGCUUCCCAAGCCUCCGUUGCAGGCUUCACGUCCCUUGGAGGCCUCGGAUCAUCCUUUAACCUGAACUGGGCCUACAGCCCCUUCGAGGGCACGGAGCUGCGGGAGGUGAGGGAGCUGGACAUGCAGUUCACCCAGAUGAGAGCCCCUUGCGUGUACGGCGGAGUGGCCUUCAGCUUAACAGCGGCCACGCUCACCCUCGUCUUCCUCGUCGUGGGGGCCAAACCCAUCCAGCAGCUCCGGCCAGGGCUGCUGGCGGGGGAAUGUGCCUUCAGCCUGCUGGCUGGCCUGGCCUACGCGGCGGCCGUGGGGCUGUACCUGCACUUUGUCAGGCAGGUGAACGCCACCGAGGUGUGCAGGAGGCGCGAGCGGCUCUACGCGCGCCGCGGCUACACCUCCAUGAGCUGCGCCGUCCAGGGCGGCGACGCGGCCGUCGGCCUCUUCGGAGUCAUCGCUUCCUGCCUGUACUUCGCCAGCUUUGUGGUCUGCAUCCGGGCUAUCCGCACCGUCCGCGCCUUCCAGAGCCGCGCGGCCGAGGCUCAGCACGGCCCCAGGGGCAGCGGUAGAGACAGAGGCGUCAGGAGCCACCACGCCGUGCACAGGAGCUCCGACAGCUCCCACAACGUCCAGGCUCUCGCCACGUUGGUGUGAAAUCAGCUCUGGGACUCUGCCAGAGAACUGAGGCUUCAGCAAAGGAUGGACACUGCCACACAGGCAACCAGCCCACAGUAUAUUUUCCUACAAGGUGCUGAAGUGUGUAUUGAAUCACUGAUUAUAACCAUUACAAUGACAUAAUAGAAUCGACAUCGAGUGACUGUGUUAACAAGGAUUUUUGCACCAGUCUCUCAAGCUGGACUCCUGCAUUUAAAAUGUGUUUGAUUGUAAUGUUUUCAUCCUGCACAGAGCAAAUCCAAACAACAGUGGGCUUUUAAGGGGUUACAACUGUGUUACUGCCAAAUUUGUGCUAACAACCACU